AUGGCACGCACAGAAGAAAGACAUCGAUGGUCACAGAAAUUGGAAAAUGUGCUAGAAGAUCGUGAUGCUUUAGAAGCAUUUAAGAAAUGGAUGAAGAACGAAUCAUCACUUGCUGAACAUCCAAUUAAUUUGCAUUUUGCAAUUAUUGCAUACAAGAAUAUGUGUGCAGUGAGAAAUGCUCGUGCUGCUGAACUUGCACGCAAUUUGCAUCAAAAGUACAUUAGUAUUAAAACCGGUGUUUGUUCGUUUUUACGCGAGGAUCUUCGACGAGAAAUAAGCUUUCGAGUACAUGCUCUUUCUGCUUGUGAACCAGAUCCAACAGUUUUCGAUUCUGUAAUCCCAUUGGUGGAGCAGUAUUUGCGACAGCAACACGCUCAGUUUGUUUGCUCAGAAGAAUUUAUUGAUUUUUACAAUCGUGUGGAAGAGUUCACUUCCAAACCGUCACGAAUAUUCUCAUCAUCGUUAUCAAGUCGUAAGCAGCGAAAGUCAUUUUCUUGUCAACCGACUCUCACAGCUGAAAUGCUGUUGAAAACACAGCAUGAACGUGAAACAACAUUAGGUGAAAGUGAAGUGGAAAAGCUGUACCGGCCACUGAUGAAAGUGCCAUAUAUUUGUAAUGCAACAACUAGUAAGAAUGAUUCUGCUGUAUCAUCCACCUUUUCAAGUGAUGCAAAUGGUCAGCAUCCAAGUGUAAAACUAAGCACGAUUCGAGAGGAGCAGCUAAAAGGAAAUCCUGCUACACAUACAUUAGCGAGGGUAGAAAGAGUUGAUGGAGGGUCGGUGGUCACUCACUGUACUGAAGAAGGUCGACGAGCUUUUGCAGCAAUUCUAAUAGAGAAACUGAAUGUUUUAAGUGCUCGUAGAAAAAGAAAUGAUGUUAUGAGUCAGCAGCUACGUGCGAUUGAGAGUCGAAAAUGCUCCGCUCGCGAAGUUGUAAAUGAUGUCGAACCUACAGCUGCUGAAGAAGAUGAUGAACUAGAACGGUACGUACGGCAAAGGAUGGCGGAUGAUUCAAACAAACCAUCACCAUCAUAUCACUCGCCAGAUCCACUUAAUGCACACUCACUCCGUUUUCGUCGUCGUUCACCUAGAUCAAGUUCCCCGGAGCGUUUUCGACAAAACUUGGCUUCACCUCCAGCUAACAUUUUUCAUGCACCUAACCCCUAUAGUACAAAUGGCUUCGCUCCUCCUCCGAUCAGCGGACAUCAUCGAAUGGUAAAUGUAAAUCCUCCCACCAUGAAAGGAAUUCGGCAAUCUAUGGCGAUAUAUGACACUUCUGGCAUCGAGUCCAUGGCACCAUCGUCUAUCAGUGAGCGUGAUGAAGCAGCACGUGCAGCCAUUUUCCAAAAAGCGCGAAUGCUGUCAUAUAAUGGUGGAUCUGGUAGUAGUAGUUCUGGUCGUAAAAACAGUCAUAAGCAGCAUCACGAUUUCAGUUCAUUACCGCGUUCGCGAGGGGAUCCAAAGCAGCUGAUGAGAAUUAGCUAUAAAGAAAAAGGACGCGUUCCAAUGGUUGCACAUGUGCCAUUUCAUCCAAUCACAUUCCGAGAGUUUCGUAAAUACUUGGGAAUUUCAUCGAAAUCAAAUUUGCAGUUUUAUUUUAAGACCGCAUGUGAGGAUGGUAAUUCACCUUAUCAGCUUCUUCUCGUAAACGAGGAUUCAACAGUAUUACCGGUGUAUGAAGGACGCAUUACAGCUGAAUGCAAAUCAAUUUCAGACUCUGAAUGA